CUCAACGUCAUCGCUGCGCGCUGCCGCGCAGCCGUUUCCGUCCAGGCGGGCGCCUUGCAGAGGCGGCCGGUGCCGGCUGCCGCGGGGGCGCCAUGGCUGCGGAGGAGUCUCGGUCCCUGCUGGGCCACUCCGCCUCGGACUCCGGCGCCAGAGUGCGGGACACGAAGCUGUACCUGGCCGCGUUUGCCGCCCUCCUGGGACCGCUGAGCUUCGGGUUCGCGCUGGGCUGCAGCUCCCCCGUGAUUGCGGAGCUGGGCAAGAUCGGCGACCCUGACCUGAGACUGGACGGCGAUCGAGCCUCGUGGUUCGGGUCAGUAGUAACGUUAGGAGCUGCUGUCGGAGGAGUACUAGGAGGCUAUCUUGUGGAUAAAAUUGGGAGAAAGCUGAGUCUCAUGCUGUGCUCAGUACCAUAUGUUCUUGGAUAUAUAGUUAUUAUAUCUGCUCAUAAUGUUUGGAUGCUUUAUUUUGGACGAAUGCUGACAGGCUUGGCCAGUGGAGUUACUUCACUUGUUGUUCCAGUGUAUAUAUCUGAAGUAUCUCAUCCUAAAGUCCGUGGUAUGCUUGGCUCUUGUGUUCAGUUGAUGGUGGUGACGGGAAUACUGGGAGCCUACGUUGCAGGAAUAACACUAAAAUGGCGCUGGCUGGCAGUGUUGUGUUCUUUCCCAUCCUGCAUAAUGCUAUUGUUCAUGUCCUUCAUGCCUGAAACACCGAGAUUUCUGCUGAAUCGGAACAAACGCGCAGAAGCCGUAGCUGCUUUGUGCUUCCUGCGGGGACCGCACGCAGACCAUGAAUGGGAAUGUCAGCAGGUUGAAGCCAGCGUUCAGGAGGAGGGACUGAAUCUUUCUGAAUUUAAGAACCCCUCAAUCUACAGGCCACUUCUUAUUGGUGUUGCUCUAAUGUUCUUCCAGCAAAUAACAGGCAUUAAUGCCGUUAUGUUCUAUGCAGAAACUAUCUUUGAAGAGGCAAACUUCAAGGACAGCAGAAUGGCUUCUGUUGUUGUGAGUUCCAUACAAGUGUGUUUCACUGCUGUGGCUGCACUUAUCAUAGAUAAAACUGGACGAAAAGUGCUGCUUUACAUAUCUGGGCUAAUCAUGGCUCUCAGUACUGCAUUGUUUGGACUUUACUUUAAAAUGGCCCUUCCAAAUGGAAACAACUCAUCAAACUCUGAUGUAUGGUUCACACUAAAUUCAGCAUCACCAGGAACAGAAAGCAGCAUAUCCUGGCUUGCAGUAGUGAGCCUAGGGCUCUUUGUUGCUGCACUGAGUCUGAAGACAAGGAGACGAGAGUCUUUCCCUGAAGGAUGAAGAGACCAGGAAACAAGUUAAACAAAAGAUGUAGUAGUUUGAAUUAAUACUUCCAAAGAGCAGCAGGAUCUAACAAACAGAGUAAAGCCGCAACAUGCUAAAAGAUUGCUUAUGAACUCUCUACAUUUUCCAAUCCCAGUAACCUAUGCCUUCAGUUCAGCAGCUGAGCUUCCUAUCAGGUAGUGCUGCAGCAAAAAAUUAUGUUGGAGCUUCAAAACAAUUAAACGUAUGCUAUUUCACAAAUAUACAAAAUUUUGCAAGAUAGUGAAAAUAUAAUAAACUACACAGCAAGAGUAUUACACAUAAAGAUCCUGCCCCUUCUGUGAGCAUGUUCACUUUGUGAAAUUCCAUCACAGUCUGUUGUGUUAGAAAGUAUCUCAUUGAAAAAGUGCACAUUUUAUGCACAUCUAGUACUUCCAAAUGAGGUUAAUAGAAGGCACAUGGUCAGUCCAAACAACAUUUAAGUUCUUUUAUAUCAGAAUCUUCAAGAAAAUGCACUCUAGUGAUGUGGGGACAGUUAACACAAUAAAUACCAAUAAAACACAUUUGCUAAAACAGUGACAGCAUAAGUAAUUUCCCCUCAUUUUUGUCCAACUGAGUAAACAUAUAAUUCAGUCAAUCAAAGUUGUGAAUGGAGUCAAAUCCAGUUGGCCGGUGGUCACAAGUUUUGUUCCCCAGGGCUCAGUACUGGGGCUAGUUCUGUUUAAUUUCUUUAUCAAUGAUGUGGAUGAGGGGAUCGAGUGCACCCUCAGUAAGUUUGUAGACAACACCAAGUUGGGUGGGAGUGUUGAUCUGCUGAAGGGUGGGAAGGCUCUUCAGAGGCAUCCGGACCGGCUGGAUCAAUGGACUGAGGCCAACUGUCUGAGGAUCAACAAGGCCAAGUGCUGGGUCCUGCACUUGGGUCACAACAACCGCAGGAGCGCUACAGGCUUUGGGAAGAGCGGCUGCAAAGCUGCAUGGCAGAAAAGGACCUGGGCGUGUUGAUCAACAGCAGCUGAAUAUGAGCCAACAGUGUGCCCAUGUGGCCAAAAAGGCCAACAGCUUCUUGGCUUGUAUCAGGAAUAGUGUGGCCAGCAGGACUAGGGAAGUGAUCAUCCCCUUGUACUCAGCGCUGGUGAGGCCCUACCUUGAAUACCGUGUUCAGUUUUGGGCCCCUCACUACAAGAGACACCUUGAGGUGCUGGAGAGUGCAGAGGAGGCAACGAGGCUGCUGAGGGGCUGGAGCACAGCUGAGGGAACUGGGGCUGUUCAACCUGGACAACAGGAGGCUGAGGGGAGACCUUCUUGCUCUCUGCAACUGCCUGAAAGGAGGUUGCAGCAUGUAGGGUGUUGGUAGCUUUUCCUGAGUAGCAAGUGAGAGGACAAGAGAAAAUGGCCUCAAGUUGCACCAGGGAAGGUUCAGAUGGGAUAUAAGGAAACAUUUCUUCAUGGAGAUGGUUGUGAAGCACUGGAAUAGGCUGCCCAGGGCAGUGGUGGAGUCACCAUCCCUGGAGGGGUUUAAAAGGCAUAUAGAUGAGGUUCUUAGGGACACAGUUUAGUGCUAGAUUUAGGUUAUGGUUGGACUUGAUGAUCUUCAGGCUGUGUUCCAAUCAAAAUGAUUCUAUGAUUUCCAAAGAGUGUUGACUUCCAACAAUGGCGGAAGAAAGACCAUAUGACCAAUUUCAGGCUUGCCUUGAAGGAAGAACCAACAAGCAUUUAGGGAUUUCACCAUCCCCCAGCCUUUAGAAAAUAAAGGCAGUUGAUGUAUAUGCUCCCCUAUUCUAAAUGAGGCAUCUAAUACACCUGCCACUGACAGACACAAUCGCCUCAUGAGAUAUACAUACCCAGCACCAGCCACAAUCAUAUGAGAGUCGAAGAACAGUGACCUCUCCUACCUUUGUCUGUUCGAGCAAUCAAAAGAUCCAGAGCUUCCAACACAUGCAUCUGUUUUAUUUGGAGUGUUUUAUCAAAUACUUGCACUGAUGGUUGACCAUCUAAAAAAGAAACACACAUAUGUAUUCAAAUUCCUGCUAAAAUGUGCUAGUCAUUGGUUUUGACCUAUUUCUUUCUUGUAAUAAAGGCCUUGUUUUUUUCUUACAAAAAUGAAAGAAACCUGCACAAAGCUGCUACAUAUACCACAGCAUCAUAGCCAAUGCUUCCUCAUGGGAGAGCUUUAUCAUUGUCAUGGAUACGAUUAUGGAACUGAAGCCUAAAAAGGACCUUCCUUUGAAAACUUUGAGAAUUAUCACCAAGAACUAACUUCACUCCCUCAGACCCACUGGCCUUAAGCAGCACAGAGAAGAUAAGGGGUCAAACUAGCAAUAUCAUUGCUAUGAAAGAAGCAGGGUCUCAUUGUCUUGUAAGCCUCGGGCUUCAGGCUCCCUAUCAUCAAGGGCUAAGCAAUCCAGACAAGCCAUUUAAACAUUCCUUGAGCUUGGAUGUGACUUCUUAAGUCUUUUCAGAUGGUCAAGAAAAUAACAUCUGAAAUAAGAAAAACAUUCCAAAAUCUGCAUUUACAUUGGCUCCCCAACAUGGCUUGAUUCUGGUGCAGAGAGAAUGUUCGCAACUAGUUUAUAUAAAUGUAAUAAAUUUACUUAGAUUGGUAAUUAUGCCUGUAGGUGAAGACCUGCUAACACCUGAACAGAACUUAUGAACAUACAUUUUCAAGAAAAUGGUCAGAUACAUAAAAAUGGACACAAAAACACUGGAUCAUUUACUAACCAUCUAUUAAUAAGAUGCCAGCAUCUGUAGAAACCAGCAAGGACUGGCCCCAAGAAUCUGCACAGACAACCUCAUGAGGAAAAUUACUGCAGAAAGACUGAGAUUCCCAAGGCUAUGAAGUAACAUAAGGGAUACAUAUUAAGUACACUAAGAAAUACAGAUCACACAGACACAGAAUGUGAUGGAUAAUGGCAAGUAAUAACACAUAAAUACUUUUGGCAGGAUACAUUUCCAAACAGUAUAUUUUCUGAAUCUGCAAUAUCUAAAUUCAGUUAAUUUUCUUGCAGAGGAAAAGCUCUCAGUAUUCAUUCGGUUUGGAGACUAAUAAGUAUAAGAUGCAUUCCUAAAGCACUGGAAUUAAAACACAUGCAGCUGAUAGUCAGUGCAAACCUAGAAGUACUUAAAACAUGUGUACCACCAUGCAUAUUCAAUUUGCUUAUAUUUUAUGGCUCGGUUUGUGAUGUUUAGUCAUUCGCACACUGUACAGUUAAAACGGCCUUUCUGCCAAAUUGUUCUUUGAUCAAGCGUUCUCUGUACUUACCUCCCAGUGUCCGCCCCUCCUCCCCAAAUUAAAUAUUAGCUGAAGUCUCUGAGAUUCCAGAAGCGUUUCUGAAGCUUCUGUAUAUAAGAUGCAUGCAGAAGAGUGCAGUUUGCAUCUUUCACUCCCUAAUGCCCUUGAACAAAAUCUGGUACUACAGGAAAGAAAAACAUAACUGAAUUUUGUUUUAAACUUGAUGCAGAAGUUAAAAUAAAAUAUGACUGCAUAUGGAAAACGUAA